UGGACGACCGAAGCGCAAACCCCCGAUUCAGAUCGCUUCGCCAAUUCGUAAUCCAAGCCACAGCCACCCCCACCUCGCUCCACCGCCAGAAGCCAGCCGAUGGACACGACAGGGCCGACGACCGAGCAGCCGCAGCCACCUAGCGUCAUCCAACAGGUCCGCGGCCACGCAAUCUCCGGUGCCAUCUUCGGCUCCGUAUACAAGUUCCUCGAGGGCGCCACCAACUCGCCGAGCGGGAGCCGCCUCUCCGGCGGGGCUCUGGCGGUCCGCAGCAACACGCUCAGGAUCGGCAGCUUUGCGGCCUGGUAUGGCGCCGCCAAGUCGGUCAGGUGCGCCGUGGCCCCGGACUACCCCUUUGAAACCACGGUCGCCUGGAGCGUCACCGACGCCCUCUUCUCCGUGCGCCACGGGCUGCGCGCGGCCGGCCGCUCCGGCCUCAGAGGAGCCGUCGUUGGCGUGGUCCCCGACAUGCUUGAAUAUAGCUUACAACGCUACCUUGCCUCGCGUCCACGGGCAGACGAUCGCUGCAUCCCACCUGAGUAGGCUGCUUGCCCGGCCGGGAUUCCUGGCGCGACACGUCUUGUUUGAUACUUUGGUUGAUGUUAGUUUGUGUUUACUUUGCUUGCUUGUCAAACUGUAAUUUUUCAUCUAUAAAUUAAAGUAUAAAGCCAA